AGCGGAGAGGAGUCUGGAAAAUUUGAGCGCUGCUUCGCUUGGGACUACUGUGCAACGGCUGAUCAGAGAGAGACUUGCAGGCUUUCAGCUAACACAACACAUCGUCCACUAGUCAUAGCGACAAUUUCAUCAUCUCGCGAGAAAAUCGUGAGUUGAAAAUCCAACUCAAAUCCUCGUUGGUUAUUUAGCUAGAGAGAGAAAGAGGAGAGAGAAAACUCUGCAAUUCUCGUCUCGUGUCGGAAAAAACGAAAAAAAGGAGGGAGAGAGAGAGAGAGAAAGAGGAGAGAGGGGGCGGAUCAAACUGUUCAUUCAAAUUAGGCAUGGAGAGAAUGCCCUUUUCGAUCCAUAUGUCUGCAAAUCGAGAAACGUCGACAGAGAGGGACCAUCAAUGAAACAUCUAAGAAACCCUAGAGAUGGAGGAUUUUUAUCAGAUUUGAAUGGAAACCCUAGGGGACUCCAGACUAGCAGGAUCCACCAACAAUGGCGGUUUUCCGAUCUCCUGCCGACAUUACGAUUUCGUGCUCUCCUUUGCAGGGGGUUGACCAGGCCGGUGAUAUGAUCGUCUACUGAGUCAAUCGUCAUUAACGGAGUAGUCAUCUGUUCCUAUUCUAAUAGGGUUUUUUCUUUUGUUUUUAUUAUUUUUUUUGGAGAGGAGAGGGAGUGAUAGAGAAAGUGAGAUGGGGAUUUCUGAAGGAUCGGGUGGGGUUGAUUGUAGCGCUGGGACUAUAGUUUGGGUUCGCCGGAGGAACGGGUCUUGGUGGCCAGGGAGAAUACUCGGCCCGAAUGAACUAUCGGCUUCUCAUCUGAUGUCUCCCAGAUCAGGAACGCCGGUCAAGCUUCUCGGAAGGGAAGACGCCAGUGUAGAUUGGUACAAUUUAGAAAAAUCCAAGCGUGUAAAGGCUUUUCGCUGUGGGGAAUUUGAUGAUUGUAUUGAGAGGGCUGAAUCCUCACAGGGUGUUCCUAUCAAGAAAAGGGAGAAAUAUGCUCGCCGAGAAGAUGCCAUCCUUCAUGCCCUUGAACUUGAGAAACAGUUGCUAGAGAAGCGACAGCUGAAGUUAGGCAUUGCUUCUACGAGUGGAAAAACUUCUGGUGCUCCAAAAAAAGAGUUAGGUGCAUCUUCAGAAAAUUUGGGAAGAGAUCGUGGCAAAUUGGGUAAUCCUAAAUCACAGGAUGAGAACAUAGGCAAUCCUUUAUAUUUGCAAAAAGUCAGGCAAGGGAAACAACCAAACUGGGAAGAAGAUAAUUCUGAAGCCAUCCCUCGCAUGAGAGGCUUACAGGACUUUGGGCUCAGGAUUGCCCCCGCAAAGAGAAAGCAGCUUUCUGGUUCUGAAAGUUCUCGUAGAAUUGCUUCAGUUGAUAAUCAAGAUCAUGUUCUUUCCAGUAGUAGUCGUGGUGUGGGAGGUGUUAAUCAUGCUGGUAGCAUUAAAAAUUCUUUGGCCAUCAAAAGGAAAAGGUCCCAGGGAGGCCUGACUGAAGAAUCCAUUGUGAAGAGACGGGAUAGACGCCGGCCUCUUGUUCAAGUAUUACAGAGUAGUGCAAAAUUACAAGUGCCUCACUCUUUACAAACUGAAGAUUUUACUCAAGACCAGAUGCAGAUAUCACCAACCCAAUAUGAGAUGGACUGCCAAAUACAUCCUAGUUCCUUGACAGAAGAAAACAAUUCCUCAGGAUCGAUGGAUGAUGGUGAUUCUGAUUCUGAGAGGGAUUAUCUGGAUCCGGACAUGGAUGAUGAGAUGACUGUUCUUUCAGAUGGUACUCAGACAUUGACGGUAGAAGAACCUAAAAAUUCUAGUAGAUAUGUUUCCACUAGUGGUUAUCAUGUUCAAGGACAUCAGGAAAGCAUGAGCAGUGAGGAGCUUGAUGAAUCGGCACCUGAUGGUUUCAUGCCUCACAUUCAACCUCAUGAUCAUGGUGCAACUGUUGCCACUGACAUGGGGGUUUCCAAAUGGCAACUGAAAGGGAAACGGAAUAUUCGUAACUUGACCAAGAGGCAGAUGGAGGUUAUGGAUGGAAAGAGUCCCAGUGGAUCCAUUCAUGAAACAUACUUUGAAGGCAAGGGAACAAAUUUCAAUCAGAGGACGUCAGGCCAGGGGCUUUAUCAUAGAAGAGAGGAGUUAAAUUAUGUCUAUGAUGAGGGUGACAUGACAGAGAAGGAUUCUGUGCGGUCCCAGAUGGUUGGAUUUGACCACAGAAGAUACCCACUGACUUCAAAAUUAGCUUCCAAAAAAUGUGGCAGAAUCAACACAGACAUUGCAGAUUCAGAGGAAGACUCAAUUUGGGGGGGCAAUGGGUUAUGUCAGUCAGCUUUAAGAGGGUAUUGGGAAGAUCAAGGUGACUGCUAUGAUCCAGCAUAUGCUGGCCAUCGUGUUGGCAACAGUAUGGACUCGGUGUUGGUAGAUGUAGAUUUGAAGGUCCAAGCACAGGCCAGCUAUCAAGGAGAGCAUGUACCUUUGGUGUCUCUGAUGAGCAGAUUGAAUGGGAAAGCAAUUAUAGGGCAUCCAAUCCAAAUUGAAGCAUUAGAAAAUGGAUCUUCCGAUAUUCUUCUUUCUACAAAUGAUGAUUUUGGUGAAGAACCAUUUGAUAAUGAUGGAAGCACAGCUCUUCCACCAGUGUGGAGGACAGCCAGAAGAACAGCCAUGCAUCGUGUCCCACGCCCUCACCCUUCAUCAGCAUUGGAGGGUGAUGAAGCUGCUGACAUUCAUCCACAUUUAGAUCUUGAAAGCAAGUCUAUUUACAAGAAACCAUACACAGGCCAUUUAAAUCAUAAGUCAAAGUUGCUCAAAAAGAGCUUCUCUCAUAUUCGCCGGCCUCCAACAAUUGAGAAGAAGUUCCAGAAAAAGCUAUUGAAGAAAGUGAGCUUGUCUAGCCAAAAGACAAGAACCCUAUCUUCAAUUGCAACUGAGCAGAAACCAAAUGGCAAGGGUGUGAAUCCAAAAUUCACUAGCAAGAGUAAGUUGGAUGCAUUGAUCAAGCCAGAUGAGACUGGACCAACAACAGUUACCUGCAUCCCUGUGAAAUUAGUAUUCAGUAGGUUACUGGAAGCAGUUGGUAGGCCUCCAUCCAGAGCAGCAAAUCAUGGGAUUUUGAUGAAUGGCAAUUCAGAAAGGAAAGCAUCAUAAACUCCAAUUUAGAUUGUUACUAUUACAUUGGGGGGAUCAAUAAUCUUGUACUACCAAAUCCCCAGAGUUCAACUCAACUUGUACACUAAAAAAGAGCAAUUAUCCAGUACAAAUUUCUGAACUUCUUGGAAAUGUUACUCUGCUCUUGGGGUGCCAAUGGUGAGUCUCCCAUUCUCUAUUUGGUAAUUUUACUUGUGCCAACACACUCAUGAAUAUGGGUACGGCCUGUUCAUGCUCCUAUCAACAUCCUCUACCCCAUUUCUUCCUCUCAAGUUAUGUAAAUCUUGCUCUGGUGUAAACUUUAUAUAUGUUUCUAGGUAUGGGGAAUCUUGGGGUCAUAAUUUCUUAUGCAGGUGACCCUUUUGUAUCCAGAACCCAUGGAGCGAGGGUCGGAGCAAUGUCAGCAGAGGUGGUCCGGAAGAUCAAUUUUUUUUUUUAAGUCUGGACCAGUGGACUAGUUUAAUCAUGUAAAGUAGUUACUGUAGCUUCUAGUAUGUCAGUCAUUUGAUUAAAACAAAAUACAGAACUCCCAGAAACAGUCAUGUAACUCUUUGGAAAAUUCGAAUUUAUAUUUCUUUCUUUUGUGCAA